UGCUAACAGAACCUGUGUCCAAGUGGAGAAAUGUCCGAGGCCAUAAUCCUCUGGGCCUGAUGUACCGGGACGCCUGCCGGUGGGCCCUCACGCUGCAGACGUACGUGCAACUCACCAUGCUGGAGCAGCACACCCGUCCUCAGACAUUACCUGUACGGCUGAUGGAGAGGUCCAUUCACAGUGCAAGAUACGUUUUUGUAGAAAACCUGUAUAGAAGUGGGAGGAUGCCUGAAGUAGACUACGUGGUUCUGACCGAGUGGUUUGACUGGAUCACGAGGAACAUGGACGUGUCUGUUGACUUGAUAGUUUAUCUCCGGACCACCCCUGAGACCUGUUACCAGAGAUUACAGACGAGAUGCAGGGAAGAAGAGAAGGUGAUUCCGCUGGUAAGAGCCUCCUUUAGCCUAGUGAAAGGGUUAAACCAUCACCUGGCCCCAGAGUGGCUGGUCAAGGGCAGCCCUAUGACCCAUGUGUUUAAUUUCCAGGUGAUCGAGGCUGACCACGACAUGCAGAAAAUGUUAGAGCUCUUUGAACGAAACCGGGACCGAAUAUUAACUUCAGGGAAUCAGAAGCAUGGUACAUAGGACAGGAAAGAGCAUGCCAGAAAAAUGCCCGCUGCUGCUCAGUUAGCCGUCUGGAAAAGCCCAGUUUGGGGGGGGGUUUCUGUCUGGCCAGAUGUGUUCUCGAAUGGCCCUUGCUUCUCUGUCACAGCCUCCGUCCUGGGUCUUUGGCUUGUGGGUAAAUGACAAAUAGGCCGUGCGGAACCCGUGAGUUUGCGGUGACCCUUGGUCCCUCCCCUUGCAGUUUCCGAGGACCCCGGGUUCCUCUGAUUAAGGGAAGAGCUGCCGAGAUCUGCCGGGCUCAGAAGCUCUUAACUCUUUGGACCCCCUGGGAGCGUGAGGCAGGUUUUUCCCUCCCAGGGAGGGAGCUCAGCUCAGGACCACCCGGUGACAGUGGGUCUGACUUUUGCUGACCAUCCGGCUGACUGCCAGAUGUCCUCCUGCCCCAGGCCCCCUCACCUGCAUGCUGCUCCCCCACAGGCCAACUUUCCUGCUGCAGACCCCCAUAUUUUUGGGGAGAAACAGCAGCGCACAGAGCUAGUAGUAUCCUCUGGGCAUCCUGGGGGGGCCGUCAGCGCUUGUGUGCCACACUGGCGUGAGCCCAGCGUUCAGUGGUUUCCCGGCAUGAGGCCACUGUGGCAUUUACCAUCUCAUCAUCUGGACUUCAGUGUCCUCAGGAGAACCGGGCCUUGGCUCCUGAAUGGUGCUCGGUCUCCUUGGUGACGGAGGGCCUGCUCGAGCUUCUGCCAGUUCCGUGUCAGGGAAAUGGCUUUUGGCUGGUUUGUCUGAUGUUGAGCUGGGGCAGGGGGCCCCCAGCCCUGGUUUUGGAGGCUUCCUUGCUCCCCAGUGGCCUUGUGUGAGGAGCUUCAACCUUGGAAUCACUGAGAAUUUGUAGCCUGGGGCCCAGACACAAGUAGCCUUAAGACUUUUGCAAAUGUUUUUCCAUCCAUGUUGCCCCUCUGUGCCACGGGGCAUGAAACCGUCUUUCCCGGUUCAGAGUGAGCUUCACCUGUUAGAGCCGGGAAAGGAAGAACCGGCUCCUUGCGGACAGCCCGCAUCGGAAAGCCAGGACUUGCCUGCCAGACUCUUCUCGAAGCACCAGCGCUCUGACGUCCUGGCAGCGGGCACCCGGAACUUCAGGAAGACUGCGGGCAGGGCCACCUGCGAACUCCGGGCACACAGGCCCCAGCCCGUCCCCGGCAGCAGCUGGCUGCGAAAGGAGGUUGGAAGCUCUGCCCGUGCCUCUGGGGCGCAGGGCCCGUGCCCCCAAGCAGCUGACCUGGCCCUGGGACCCAUCCCAGAGGACAAACCCCCUGGCCCCUUGUCCUUCCCAUUUGGAUCAGUUCUUGGGCCUUGUAGGCAGGACACGGGGCAGCAGCCAGUGGGACAGUUGGUGUCCAAAUACCAGCGGAGACCAGAAAGCCGGAGAGGCGAGGGCCUCUGCCUGGGCACUCCGGACUGGAGUGGGGCAUUCUCUGGGGAUCUGUAAACACACCCUCCUCUGUUCUCUCAGCUCAAUUUGAGUACCUGUUUUGGAGGAAAUGGGCCUUCUUUUUGAAAGUUGGCUCAGUGGUAGCCAAUAAAUGCUCAGG